AAGGGGAGGAGAGAGCAGCAGGAUCCCAUGUCUGAGGAGCAGGAGCUGGAGGAGUUGAGGAGCCAGGUGCUGCAGCUCCUUCUGGAGUUAGAGGAGGCCAGGGAAAUGUCCAACAAACACCAGGAGGCCUUCAACGAGCUACAGGGUCUGCUGGAGGAUGAGCGUCUGGCCAGUGCCCAUCAGGCAGAAACCUUCGUACGACAGGUCCACAACCUGCAAGCCCAGCUGCGUUCAGUACAGGAGGAGAUGGACUCUCUCGAGGAGGAGAAGGAGAGUGAGCUGACUGAGGCUCACGAGGAGCUACGCCUCGCCCAGGAGGAGGUUCUGCUUCUGCAGCAGGCGGCUGAGGAGGCAGCGGCCGAGAGGGAGAACGACAUUGCGUCCCUGCAGGAGGAGCUGUGUCGCCUCCGGGCCAAGCUGGGGAGGCUCAACGACGAGGCGCAGGAGUACGAGCUGGAGAUCACCACACUGAGAGCAGAGAUCAGCAUGAAGAGUCAAAGGAGGGAGGAAGAGAGGAAAGGAGGUGAUGUAGGUACACUGAGGCAGGAGUGUGUCACCUUGAGGGAGGAGUGUGAGACUCUGAAGGACGACAACAGACGCCUGACUGAGAAACUACAGCUCCUCCAACUACAGAGGACAGGCUCCAACAGUGCAUAUCUGUCCCUGAAGGAUGGUGAGAUAGCUGGUACAGGAGUGGGGGUGGGCACAGAGGUGGGGGGCAUGGCGGAGAGCUAUAUGACCAUGGUCGAGUGCCAGUCUACGAGCCCAGGCACCAACUGCCGCCUUGUGGACGCCUCCAUCCAGAAGAACAUCUCGUUCGACGGGAAGCCCAUGACCCCCACCGGCUGGAAUGGAGGAUUUGGGGAGAUCUUCUCACUGAGGGACCAGCUGAAACAGGCUGAGGAGAAGGCCUUGCUGGUACAGAGACAGUGUGAUGGGUUGAAGACGGAGCUGCGGGAACUGCAGGAACUGUAUGACUGCAGCCAGAGGGAGAGGGCUGAAUUGGAGGUGGAGCUACUGCACUGCAAGGCAGAGCUCGAGAGGUUGGCUGGAGGGUGGCAGAGCAACAUCCAUUCGUCUGAGUCCCCUGUUCUCUCCAUCCCCUUCAUAGGAAUGAUUGUAAUAUUGGGAGUGGUUUGGUGCUGGUUGUCCGAGCUGGCGUUCCAGAAAGCAAGGGGAGUGAUAUAGAAUGGAACCCUAUUCUGACAGUCACCGCAGCAACAGCUGUGCUUCUGAUCAUGGUUAGCUUGUUGAGAGCCUUGACCUGAUGUCGAGCAGAAUGACAACAACUGUAUACGGACAAAGACAGUGAUGUCUGCUUAUAGACCGCUACCUUCCAUUCUACCCUCCUAUCACAUCUAUCUGGGACCCUACCAGGGCACCAGCAACAGAUCAGACACCAUUCCUCUAAUUCACAGCUUGGAAGCAGCAAAAUAUAUUUAGAUGGCAACUAUUCAGAAAACCACAGGAUUGUGAAAGGAAUGUUCUGAAAUUGGUAGAUAAAGUGACGUGCUGCCACAGCUUUUCAGAUGACAACAGAUGGAUUCAUUUUCUCUCCUGUUCUGGGGAACACAUGUCAAGACGUAAGAGAGUGUCUUCGUGAAGCUAAGAAGAGAGUGUGAAUACAUAGUUUCAAUGGGAGAGUACCUGAGUACCUAAAUCUGUCUACUCCUGUGGUAUUCUAUUCCUUUCCUGUCUCUCUGUUGAUUUGCUUUGAUCUCAACUCCAGGUCUUGCCAAUGGGACUGGAUUAGUCCUCCUGAGUUUGAAUGUCUAGUAUUAUUCUUAUACAACACUCACUACAUGUAUUUAUUAUGCUAAUAUCAAUGUUGAGUUCUCUAUUGAUUUGUCUUUGUGAUUAGUCCUCUUUAACAAUAGCAACCUCUGCAUCUUGCACAAUUGCUGAAUAAAGCUCUUAACUCAUGAUAUUGUAAAUAAGUACUAACAAAAAUGUUCUUAAAAUAUAAUUAUAUCUACGUGUAAUGAAUUAUUUAAAGCACCUGUCAAACUCAUUCCACGGAGGACCGAGUGUCUGCAGGUUUUCGCCCUUGUACUAAUUCGUAAGCAACUCCCCUCACUUGGUUGUCUAGGUCGUAAUUGAAAGGAAAACCCACCCAAAAAACAAAGACAAUCGGCACUCUGUGGAAUGAGUUUGACACCUCUGAUUUAAAGGAAUAUGUCAAAUACAUCAAAGAAUUAUGUAUUUUGAAUAGCUUGUGUCUUGCGAAUAGCUAAAACCAUAGGGAUUUUUCUAAAUUAAAGUGAAAUUAGUCAUGAAGUGACAGAUACUUUCCCCUAAAGGCAAUAACUAAUUUAUAACACAUACACUAUCAAAUAUGUUCUCAUCAGUAUACACUAUUGUGAAAAAGUUUUUGCACCCUUUAUGAUUCUCCAACUUUUGCAUAUU